AUGGAUGAAGCCAGUUCGCAGCCUGUCAACCAGAGGCAUCAGACAAAGCCAGCAUCUCUAGCAUCUAAUUCAUUAUUGCUGCCGCCCAUCCUGUCCUCAGUCACGGCACCGAUACCUCCGCCCUAUACGCCAAGCGCGGCCUCCACCAAUUAUGCUACCCGAAUUCCCUCGUUACCCUCGCACCAUUCCUUAGACGCCAAGACUAUACCGAGUCCGAUUGAUCUCCGAGGGACAGCAGAGAGAAUUUCUUCGCAGGUGGGCCCAAUCGCCACUUCCCGCGUCCCGCGCAGUUUGCCAGACAACGAGAAGGAGAAGAUCAGGAAGCCACAGAAGGUGUCCAAGCGGUCGCGGAAAGGCUGUUUAACAUGUAGGUUCCGCAAGCGCAAGUGCUGCGAGACCAAGCCUGUGUGCACUGAGUGCAAGCGGCUAGGCAUAAAGUGCUCCUGGAUCACGAAUGGCCUCGAAAACAAGAACAAGUCGAAGAAAAACCCUGACUUCCUUCGAAACGACGAGUGCUACGACGACAUAUUCGGCGUUAUCAAGGUUGUCAGAGGCAAGAUAGACUACAAAAUUGCAGACGGCGACUUUGUUGAAGGCAACAAACCCCCGGACGAUGAGCUGUACAAUACAGAAGCGGAGACACACGAAACGUGA